AUGACUCCUAUUCAUACUGCAGUGGUUGAUCUUCUUGUUUCACAUGGUGCUAAUAUCGAAGAAAAGGACAUCGAUGGAUUGACUCCUCUAGAUCAUGCGGUAAUUAAUGAAAAUAAAGAAAUAAUUGAAUUCCUUAUUUCACAUGAUGCAAACGUUAAUGCCAAAUAA